GUGACGUCGACACCCGGAAAAUGAGUGGCUCCUGUUGUUGUUGACAGUUCACAUCCCCAACAUUGACAAACAUCGACCUAAAGAAAACGUAGUUUUUAUUUUAAGGUCGGCGUUAGCUUAUUGUCGCACCGUACAUCUCCCGUCGUACUGGUGCAGUUGUUUAUUGCCAUUGACGCGACAAACUUCGCGACGUAGCAUGGGCAGCUAGCAUGUAGCAAACACUUGAGCUAACACGAGAGUUAGCAUCGUGGUUUGCCGCCAAAAGGUGUGCGCGAGGACAUUGUAACAAGAUGGCGGUCGAGCUGGAUGUGUUUGUGGGUAAUACCACUAUCAUGGACGAGGAGGUUUAUCAGCUCUGGUUGGAUGGAUACACAGUGAACGAUGCGGUAAAGGUGAGAAUGGAGGGCGGCGUGCUGGAAGAGUGUGAAGCCAGCUCGGAUGUUCUGCUGAGUGACACCAUGGACCAGUACAGAACUUUCCAGAUGUGCGAGCGUCUUCUGCACAGUCCCGCCAAACUGGCCAACCAGCUGCUGUUCCAGAUCCCACCUCAUCGACAAGCCAUGCUCAUAGAGAGAUACUACGCCUUUAAAGAUCAAUUUGUGCGCGAAGUUCUGGGAAAGAAGCUGUCAAAAGGAACCAAGAAAGACCUGGACGACAUCAGUGCCAAGACAGGUGUGACUCUGAAAAGCUGCCGACGUCAGUUUGACAACUUCAAGCGUGUUUUCAAAGUAGUGGAAGAGCUCAAGGGCCCCCUAGUGGAGAACAUUCGUCAGCAUUUCCUUCUCUCUGACAAGCUCGCAAGGGAUUAUGCUGCCAUUGUUUUCUUUGCCAACAAUCGCUUUGAGACGGGGAAAAGGAAGCUGCAGUAUCUCACCUUCCAGGACUUUGCUUUCUGCGCCGGGCAGCUCAUCAACAACUGGACAGUCGGAGCCGUUGAUAACUUGGUGGAAGACAUGGACGUGGAUCUUGACAAAGAAUUUCUACAAGAGCUGAAAGAGCUGAAGAUUUUGAUCUCUGACAAAGAUCUGCUGGAUCAACACAAAAGUCUUGUCUGCGCAGCCCUCAGGGGGAAAACCAAAGCUUAUAAUGAGAUGGAGGCCAACUUUAAGAAUCUUUCCAGAGGCCUAGUGAACAUUGCAGCCAAGCUAACCAACACAAAAGACGUCCGUGAUUUCUUCAUCGACCUUGUUGAGAAGUUUAUUGAGCCGUGUCGCUCGGACCGAUGGACGGCGGCAGACACCAGGCUUUACUUGACGCACUACACCAACUCCGUGCACAUACUGGACACCUUCAAACAUCAAGUUGUGUGGGACAGAUACAUGGCCGUCAUCAAAAGCUGCAUCUUCAAAAUGUAUCACGACUGAACAGGUUUUUUCUCCACUUCUACUCAAAAAAACAAAACAAAAAAAAUCCCCCCCAUCCAAGCUGUUGUUUUAGCCCCACUCGGGUUUGUGCUUCCCCUUGCUUGUCUUGUGAGUAAUUCUUACGCUCAAGCCCCCACGUUAUUAUUUAUGAUCCAACCUGCUUGUGUCCUCUCGGUGUCUAUAGUUGUAAAUAAAAAGGGCAAAUGUACGCCAAGA